UAAGGCGGCUUUGAAGUGAACGAGGCAAACUCCAGUGGCCACAAGAUUUGAAAUGUUUGGACUUGCUGAAAUUCAACCUUGCAACCUCUUUGGGCGCAAGCCCUUUGAUUGUCGUCUUAUGCCACUCGACCAAACCCCAUUGAAAUUAGAAGACAAAACAAAGAAGACAAGUAGAGACUCCCUACCUUCACAGGAGUUGAAAGACCUGUUGGUGGGAACACAUUAAAAAGGGUGACAAAUAUAUAGAUAACAAUAUCUUCCACUUCCUUCACAUUAUAGAUACCCCCAUUUCUGUCCAUUAAACUCCCACUUGACCUAUAUAUCCUUGUUAUAACUCCAUAGCCUUCCAUUGAUUCAACCCUCUAUACCCUCAUAUGAUCAACGUAUAAAAUGGUCUUCCAAAAGGAGGAAGAAGGUCAUGAAUCAGAAACACAUGUCGACCAUGAUCAUGAUCAAACAGAUCCACAACUUGAUAAUUUAGGUGAUUGGUUGAGUCUAUCCCUCAACUCUGGUGAUCCCUUGAGUUCUCUAGAGGGUUGUAGCAAUUCAAAACCGGCGAAAAACAAGUUAUUUUCAUGCAAUUUCUGCAUGAGGAAGUUCUUCAGCUCACAAGCGUUGGGAGGUCACCAGAACGCACACAAAAGAGAAAGAGGAGCAAAUAGAAGGUUCCAGUCCCAGAGGAUCCAGUCAGCUGCCACUGGAGUUCCGUUCAUUUCUCCAGUGGCCGCUAGGUCUCUGGGUGUCCAGCCCCACUCGCUUGUGCACAAGCCAAGCAGAGGAGAGACUUCUGUGGUGGCAAGAUUUAGCGAUGCUCUUGCCACCACAGGGAUGAUGGGGCUGGGUUGGGCACCUUUUGAAGAAGCAAUAGAGGUGUGGCCGGGCAGUUUUCGGAUGGAAAAACUGCCUGAGCUAUCCUUUGAUCCGAAAAAUCUUGAUUUGAAUCUAGGAUUGUGAUAUAUGCGUCAUAAUUUUCGUACCAGCAGAUUUGGGAUUACUUAAACUUGAUGUUUGUUGCUACAAAAAAUUUGCAUUUUGGUUGUUCUGAUUGGAGAAAUUCUGUGAGUGGAAACCAUCAAGAGUCUUGAAUUUGAAGCUGUUAGUAAAUGGGUUGGUUUGGACCGGAUCCAACCCACAUGUGUCGUCCACAUGGAUUAUGUGAUUGGGUUGGUUAAGAAAAAUGAGAUAGAGUACUCCUUAUCUCUAUCUGUUACGAGAGUUUAAAGUAUAAUAGAUUGUUUUUAUUUA